AUGUGUUUCCCCCACGUUAUCAACAUAUGUGUAACACACGUAACUGAGAGCUUUACUGAUCUAGCUCUUGCUAGCGAUGAAGCCGAAUUUGCAGCAGCCCUCCCUCCUGCGGAUCCACAUCAACAAACCUUCGACAAGGCUUGUGCUUGGGAUCCUAUCGCACUAUGCCGUGGCGCUGUUUGUGCGAUCUGUGCCUCUGGUAAACGGCGCAAAAUGUUCCAGGAUAUUAUUCGCAACAGUAAUGAGAAGGAGUGGUUCAAGGCAGCCAAUGACCCCAACAAGAUCAUCAAGCUUGAGAAUCUUGAACUUCUUCAUGACGUUCGACAUCAAUGGGACUCUCUCUACAAGAUGAUCCGCCGAUUCCGGGAGAUGCGACAAGCUUGCAAUUAUUUCCUGUUGUUGCCCCCGAACAGGGAGCUAACAAAGUUCUGCAUGACUGACCUUCAGACCCUUAUGUGCAGCGAGCGAACGCCCAUUCUCGUGAAUGCAAUUCCUGCAUUUGAGAUGUUCAUGACUGCAUGGGAGAGGCUCGGCGAGAAGUUUCCGCACUUGGAGCCAUAUGCAAAGGUUGGCAUUGAAUGGGUGGUCAAAUAUUACAAUAAAAUGGACUUGACAAAGGCAUACAUGAUUGCAAUGGUCCUCAAUCCCUCCAUCCGUCUAUCAUGGAUUCGAAAAAAUUGGGAUGAAGAAUUCAUCGAUGAGGCCAACCAAACCAUCAAGGACUUGAUGGUGGAAUAUUGUGCUCAUGCCAAUCCCGAAAUGCCAGCUCGUCGAAGUCCUGUGACAAUGCGGCAAGGAUUUGGUCUUGACGAGCUGGCUGAACGCUACGGGCUCGAUGACCUGAUGGAUUUCACGGACAACAAUGCACGCCACAACCAGAGUAUCGACAAGGAGUUCACGGCCUACUUUACAGCACUGCUUUCUGAGAAAGGGACAGACAUUCUGAAGUUCUGGGAAAUCCAUGAAUCAAGUUUCCUGACUCUUUUCGCAAUAGUGCUCGACUACCUUCCCAUCCAAGCCUCAGCAGUACCUUUUGAUGAAGGAUUUCAGGUUCUGGAAGAUGGAGGGCUUGCUCAGGUGGCAGUGGUGGAGGAUGCAGAUGCAGAUGUCAAGGUCAUUGGUGUAGGCAAAGGAGAUGUGGAGGAGGAAGAGGAAGAAGUGCAGGCCCAAGAAGCCACAGCUGCUAUCAAAUUCAUCUUCAAGAAGAAGGUGGAUGCAACCAAUACAUCACUGGAUGAUGUCCAACAAGCCACUUCCAUUAGCCCCUCUUCUACUCCUGCAUCUCAGCCUGAAGCCACACCAACAGCACCACCCACAAACAAUAAAUCACCUGAGGUUAUUGAGCUUGAUGAGAGCAAGGAGGAGGAAGAGUCCUCUGAGGCUGAACUCAGUAAGUCCAUUGUUUGCACUGAUGCGCUUGAGCUAAAACCUGUUAAUGAGUAG